CAAAAUGGCGGAAAACAUGAAGAUGGAAGACGAAAUGAAAACGUCAGUGGAACAGAUGGAACAGGACCCUUCGAGUUCCGACGAAGAUGAAGAAGAUCAGGAAGACGAUGAGGAAGAAAAGGAGCAAGGGGAAGUUGAAGACCCAGAAAUUCACAGACUUGAACUUGAGAUCCAGGCCAAUCCAUAUAAGUAUGAUUCCCAUGUAAAUCUUAUUGAUCAUUUGAGAUCUUCUGGUGAUUUGGAUAAAGUUCGUGAAGCAAGAAGAAAUAUGAGUGAAGUUUUCCCUCUUACUGAAGAAUUAUGGCUUCAAUGGAUCAAAGAUGAAAUUCCUUUGUCAUACACUCCAGAGAACAAACAAGAAAUCAUUUCUUUAAUUGAAAAAGGAGUAAAAGACUAUCAAUCUGUGAAACUGUGGAUAGAGUAUUGCCAGUUCAUUAUGGAUAACAUGGAAGGUGAUGAUAGUAUUUCAAAUGUCAGGAAUACUUUUGAGAAGGCCAUCACAGCUGCUGGACUUCAUGUCACAGAGGGAUCCUCUAUUUGGGAUGGUUACAGAGACUUUGAAAUGGCUAUUCUUGAUUCAUUUGAGCAAAUGUUAACAGAUGAAAAUAUAGAUUCAAUGGAGGAGAAAAUUGCAUCACAAAGAGAGAGAAUUAAAUCUUUGUUUAAAAGACAGCUUGCCAUUCCUCUCAUGGGUAUGCAAGGGACAAUGAGAGAUUUUGAAACCUGGCUUGAAGAUGAUGAUCUUCCUAGUAAUGUGAGACAAGAUUUCGAAAAAGCUGAGGCAAAAUUGGAAGAAAUACUGGCAUAUGAGGAUGCUUUGGCAAGUGCUAAGCCUCCCAAGCUUACAGAGUACAGAACAUAUUUAGAAUAUGAACUUAACAAAGGAGACCCAGUAAGAAUACAGUGUUUGUAUGAAAGAGCAUUGAAAGAGAACUGCUUGGUAGGAGACUUGUGGAUAGAGUACACUGGAUACCUGGAUUUCAAAUUGAAAAUGCCUUCCAUUGCUAUAACUGUGUAUGAGCGUGCCCUACGGAACUGUCCCUGGGUUUCAGUCCUUUGGCAGAAUUAUAUGAAAGCACUGGAGAGAUCAAAAGUGGAAAAAUCAAAAAUCAAAGAUACAUUAGACAAAGCAUUAACUUGUGGGUUCACUGUCAGCCAGGAUUACCUACAGCUAUGGCACUGUUAUUGUUCUUUUCUAAGAAGGCAAGUCAAGGAUUGGAAUGAAGGGACACUGGACGAAUGGGAUGCAUCUUAUACACGCUGUCACACAAGACUAACAAUAGUGAACGAACGGAGAGCCAAGGCGGCAGAAAAGGAAGCUACAAAAGAAGCAGCUCAAGUAAAUUCAGAAAGAGCCACAGCUCAUGAGAAAAAACAUUCCAAGGGAACAAAGAAAGAUGUAAAGAAGCUCGAUAAAAAAUCUAAACCACAAAACCUAAAGAGAAAGAUGGAUAAUGAGUCUGAGAUACCAAAGGAGACAAGCGAACCUGCUUUUAAAAAACCAUAUGGGAAAGGAAAAGUGGAAGACAACGUUCAGGAAAAUAAUGAGACCGUUGAAGAAGAAACUAGGGAACAUAAAUACGAGAGGUCUUCAGAUCCUAACAAAAUAUUCGUCAGUAAUUUAUUGUUUUCUAUCACUGAGGAAAAAUUGAAGAACAAGUUUAAAGAGCUUGGCGAAGUGCAGGACGUGCGAAUUGUGAAGAACAAAGCGGGAAAGUCUAAAGGAUACGCAUACGUUGAAUUCAAAGAUGAGUCUCCAGUUCCAGCUGCUUUGGCAUUAGAUAGAACCAAUAUGGAUGGAAGACCUAUGUUUAUAUCACCGUGCGUCGAUAAAACAAAAACCCCAACCUCGUUCAAGUUUGCGACGUCGUUGGACAAGAACACCUUGUUUGUAUCAAAUUUACCGUUUGAGAUCAAAGAAUCUGAAGUGGAGCAAGCAUUUAACAAGCAUGGCAAGGUUAAACAAGUACGUCUCGUUACCACAAGAGCAGGAAAACCAAAGGGGUAUGGUUAUGUUGAAUAUGAAGACGAGAAUAGUGCCUCAAAAGCAAUAAUGGUAAUGGAUGGCUUUAUUCUGAACGAUCGGACUAUUUCGGUAGCCUUAUCGAAUCCACCAUCCAGGAAACCAUCUCAUUCUGAACCUGCUGCACCCCCUCUCCCCGCUCCAGGAAGUCGAGGACGUUCCAAGACCCAAGUGAUGCUGGUCCCUAGAGCGCUUCAGAAGAAAUCCGCGCCCACGUCAUCAACGUCGUCGUCAGUUGACGAAACUGUCGAAGGGAAAGAAGAAGCUAGCAAAGGGUUUAGCAAUGAUUACUUUAGACAGCUGUUGCAGAAGAAAUAAAUAGUUUUUGUUUCUCAUGUGGGUUACGUGAGCAUCGUGCAUGUUAUUAGUGUAGGAGAACUACUUAAAAAAAAUUUACUACGAAGACGUAAUAAUUUUUUAUAGGGCUUUUCUUCUCUCUCUUUCUGUUACAACAGUCGACAACAGGAAGUCUACACAGAUUACCGACCGAUAGUUUAAAUAAAGGUUCAACACGCCGUUUUAGCAUAGAUAUAUAAUCUUACUCAGGUAAUACAGAUAUAUAGUGCGACAAGUUUUACUUUUAGUGCUGAACACUCUUGUAUAUAAAGAGCAAAACUAACGUCAAAUUCAUGAUAAAAAAAUAAAUGUUACUGUUAUUAAAGUUCAAAGUUUAUGAAA